AUGUUCUGUCUUCUAGUGCUGAUGUGCUUUGGGGACAAGCUGAACGAGAAGCAAAUCAACGAAAUCGAGGCCGUUCAACGCGACUUGCUGUUGAGUUUCAACCGUUUCAACAUUCUCAAUUUCUGGCCCAGGUUAGGGAAGAUCGUGUUCCGCCGCCGCUGGAACGAGCUGAUUCGGAUUCGCCAGAAUCAGGACAGGGUUUUGAUUCCUCUCAUUAAAGCCCGACUCCAAGUCGUCCAACAACUACGACGGAAGAAGAAGAUGCUCAAGGCCGACGAAGAUCGUGAUGAACAGGAGAAGAAAACGCAAGAAGAUAAAGAAGAAGAGGGCGUGGUGGCAUAUGUGGACACGUUGGUGGACCUGGAGCUGCCGGACGAGAAGAAGAAGCUCAACGACGACGGUAUGGUGAACCUCUGCUCUGAGUUUCUCAACGCGGGCACCGACACCACCUCAACGGCCCUGCAGUGGAUCAUGGCCAACCUUGUCAAAUACCCCCACGUCCAAGCCAAGCUGUACGAGGAGAUUACGGCGAGUGUGGGGCCGCCGCCGCAACUGAAAACCAAGAAACUCGAUGCCUCCAUAAGAGAGGAUGAUCUCCAGAGGAUGCCGUACCUGAAAGCUGUGGUUUUGGAGGGGCUGAGGAGGCACCCUCCGAGCCACUUCGUGCUGCCGCACGCGGUGACCGAGGACGUGGAGUUGGAGGGGUACAUGGUGCCGAAAAGCUCGACGGUGAACUUCAUGGUGGCAGAGAUGGGUUGGGACCCCAAGGUUUGGGAGGAACCCAUGGAAUUCAAGCCGGAGAGGUUCCUUGAUGGGGAUGGGCAUGGGAUGAAUGAAGGAGUGGACAUAACAGGAAGCAGAGAGAUAAAGAUGAUGCCAUUUGGGGCAGGGAGGAGGAUCUGUCCAGGAUUAGGGUUGGCUCUGCUUCACCUGGAGUUGUUCGUGGCCAACUUGGUCUGGUACUUGGAAUGGAAGGCCGUGGACGGCGACGAAGUUGAUCUAUCGGAGAAACAAGAAUUCACCGUCGUCAUGAAGAACCCACUGCGAGUGCACGUGUCUCCUAGAGUAGCCACCGCUAUUUGUUCUAUUACAGCAAAUAAUGGCCACGAAAUCGAUUCAUUCUGCCAGUAG